AAUUUCUUGGUUCAUUGUUUCCUUUAACGAACAAAAAGAUCUCAGAUUUGUUACCAAAUUCAACAAUUCCAAACAAUUUUAAUCACUCAUGGCUUCUCCUACCAACAAAAAUCCCUCCUUUUCUCCUCCAAUCCCUAACAGACCAAACCCUAAACCCAGAAACUCAGAAGCCGGUGACCCUUUACGCCGGAGCUUUGGUGGCAACCCUUUUCCGGCGAAUACAAAAACCAACAUCCCCUCAGAUAUUUCUAGGAGGAACUCUUUUGGUGGAGAUAAAGAGAACGAGACCAAACCUGUUCUAACUCCAAAAAGUUCCAAGAACUUUAUGUCACCAACAAUUUCAGCAGUUUCUAAAAUGAAUCCAUCUCCAAGGAAGAGAGUUUUGUCUGAUAAAAACGAAAUGUCUCGAUCCUUCUCUGAUGUUAAAGGUCUAAUCUUGGAGGAUGAUAGCAAAAGAAAUCAUCACCGAGCUAAGUCGUGUGUUUCGUUUUCGGAUGUCUUACAUACUAUUUGUAUCGAUGAGAAGAAGAAGUUUGAGGAAUCUAAUGACAUGACUGUGACUGAUUUUGAUGAGAAGGAAGUUUAUGAGAACAAGGGGAUUACGUAUUCUGAUCCAAGAUUUAGGAUUAGUCCUCGUCCUUCUGUUCCAUAUACAUCUCCUGAAGUUGAUACAUUGUUGCCUCCUUAUGAUCCGAAGAAGAAUUUUCUGUCGCCGAGGCCUCAGUUUCUUCAUUAUAAGCCGAAUCCAAGAAUCGAGAAGCGGUUUGAUGAGUGUAAGCAGCUUGAGGAACUUUUCAUCUCUGAAAGCUCUUCUUCGGAGACUGAAUUGUCUGUAGAAGAAUCUGAGGAUCAAGAGAAGGAUGGAGCUGAGGUGGUUGUAGAAGAUGAAACCGAAAAUGUGGAACAAUUGGAAGCAGAGAGUGAUGAAGAAAUGGUUUGUGAGAGCGUUAAAGAAACAACAAGUCAUGUUCCAAAGCAGUCUGGUUUCAGGAAGUUCAAGUUCCUUGGUUGGAUUUUGGCUUUGGCCAUGGCGUAUUUGUUGGUUUCAGCGACCUUUUCUCCACCGAUGAAAUCAAGUUUCAACGAGUUCCAUAUCCCAAGAGAGAUCACAGAGUUUGCAAAAGCUAAUAACUUGGACAAGUUGAGUGAAAAGCUCUGGACUUUGACAGAAUCAUCACUUGUGUACAUGGAUAAACUGAUCUCAAGUCUAGGAGGAGGUAAUGAGGAAUAUGGUCUACUGCAAUUUCAUAACUUGACAUAUACUCUGCAAGAUAUUACUGUUUUCCAGCUAGCAAGUGUUGAAAUCAAUGAGGAACCAUUACAAGAGAAGAGCAAAGUUGAAACCAAUCUUGAAGAUGUCUACAUAGAAGAUGGCUCUUUCAAUGAAUUUGUUGAGGAGGAGAGUGGAACAGAGGAAAACUCUGAAUUGGUUUGUGAUGCAGAAACUAAUGAAUUUGAUGAACAGGCUGAGGUGAAACCGAGCGCAGAAUCAAAUGACGGUGAAGGAAACUUGAAAGCUCUUUUCGAAGAUGGCUUAGAGUUGAACAUUGAAGAACUGAGAGAGUCUGAGAUGAGUCCUGAAAAAAAGCUUGAAACUGGAUCAAUCAAAAAGAAGUUGGAAGAAACUGAAUCUGAAGCUAUCUACAUAAACCAGCAUAAAGAGAGUGAGGUAGCUGGUGCUGAAAGUGGAUCAAAAGAAGCUUUUGAGGAAAUUGCAGCAGAAACUAGUGAUGAUAUUCAUCCUAAAGUAAGGUCUUCUAAUAAGGCUGAUAAUGAUUCCACAAAGGCGGUGAUAGUAUUGUCCUCGACAGUGCUGGUUCUACUCGCAGUGGCUUCUUUCUUAUUCGCUAAGAAGACAAAACCAAUGGCUGCAUCUGCUCCUAAACCGUCCCCUGAGACCACCAUGGAGUUAAACUUGGGUCAUGUGCCAGUAGAGAAGCCUUUUUCACUGAAUUUGGAGGAAGAAGUUGAUGACAGAAUGAGUAACAGUUUCCAUCAAAGCGAAGGCGGCAAGAAGAAUAACAAGAAUAGCAGUAGCAGCAAGUUCAGGAGAGAAUCAAUGGCAUCUUCAGCAUCAGAAUACUCUGUUGGCUCCUUUUCUUACGGAAGUUUCACAACUUACGAGAAAAUACCCAUCAAAAGUGGUGAUAGAGAAGAAGAGAUGAUUACACCAGUGAGACGUUCAAGCCGGAUUAGGAACAAACCAUCUGGUGGACUAUGAUAAAGAGACAAGACUUUUACUAAGACUUUUCAUUUCUUUCAUUGCACCACUCUGCAAUCUUUAGUUUCCUAAAUUAGAAUUAGCUUCUUUUUUUCACUUCCAUAAAUUUUCUGAUUUGUU